AACUUUUCAUGUUGGUCGGUAAAGAGAAUCAUUAAACUUCUCAGGCCGAAUAAAUGCAACCAAGCUUUAUAAAAUAUAUAUGUAUACAUAUGUACAAUUGAGGCAAGAAAAGCACGUGACGAAUUUAUUUCGAAGACUCUGGUUUUUUCUCCAUUUAAAUGAAUCAUCCUGUUGAAGAAGACAGAAUCCAAAUUGUAGAAAUUACCUAAAAGAAGAGGGUAUCAAAAAUGUUUCAAACUCUUCCAAGAUAUUCUGUCGAUUUUGUUUUUGAUUAUUUGUGGUUAUCAGGAAGACAUGCAAAGCUGCAUGUUAAUAUGGAAAUAUAUAAAUAUGUAUAUAGUACAUAUACAUACAUACAUAUAUGUAUGGCUAUAAAAAAAAUAUUUCUUGUUUAUAUAAUUCCUUUGUCCAUUCUGCACCUCAAGAGAACUUUCACUUGCCCUCAAAACACUUCUUAUCAGCUUUAACUGUGGUCGAGCCUCCCAUUUUAAUUAACGUUAUAUAUAAUGUAAGUAUAUACAUACAUACCUAUGUAUGUACAUGCAUACAUUCAAGUGUAUAUUUGUACUUGCAUAAAGCGGAAAACAAGAAUAUUUUUUGAAAUAUUUAUUAUUAAUGCUUUAUAUACUAUGGGCAUAUACUAGUAUAUGAGGAAUAUUCAUACAUACUAAAUAUAAAUAUACAUACACAUAUGUAUGUAUAUGCAACCGACUUGACACUCUCGAAUCGAAACGGAAACCGCAGAAAUGAUCGCACUUUAAUGAUUUUGUUAAUAAUGAACUUCAUUACAUAAUAAAAUUAUGUGCUUACAAAUUCGGUAAGUCCACGUUCAAAGUCAUAUAAUAAAGCAGCGCCUCUAGUAAAGUUGUGUUUUUUUAAUAAACAUUAGAUUUUGGCGAGAAAGCAUGGAAGACGGUGAAGCGCUUAGGAGUAAAAGAUAAACUUUGUGUUUUUUUUUAAUCUAAGCCAGCCAAAAAACUCCCAAGUUAACUCAAAUCUUUGAGUUUGUUAGAUGUCUUCUUAUCAUCGUAUCUACCGUAAUAAGAAAUGUUUCAAACUAUCAGGUCACUAGUAAGGAAUCGAAUUUGCCAUGUCAUCACGAGAUAUUCUUCAAUGGAUUGCUGACUUGAUUCGCUCUAGACUGCUUAAAAAUAUAUUUCAAUGAAUGCCAGCGGUACUUGAACGAAGACAUAACAUAAGCCAUGUAACACUUGUGAGUAUAUUAUGCUUCAUCAUUUAAUUUUGCAUUUUUUACUCAUAAUAAAUUUCUCAAAGUCUUUAGAUACAAAUUUCAUUCAAAACGCAGACCUAUUUGCGUACCAACUUGACGACCUUACACUUAUGGAGCAAAGAUAGACUCUGGCGCAACGGUUAAAAAUAAUUUGCGAGUAUCGCUUUAGGCAACUUUUAACAGACUAUGCGGCCUCACUGUCGAUAGCAGAUAUAAAAUUGAUACGCAAUGAGUACUCAACACUUGACAAGUAUGCGGUUCGCGAGUACCCACUGCUUGUGCAGCACAAAUCGUGAUUGUCAAUUGGAAACAUUCAAGUGGGAACAGUUAAAUGUCAGAUGAUUGUACUUCCAGUGAGCAAAACUUAUUUUCAAAUUGUCAAAUAAGCGACAAUCAAAGCCGAUAAAGAAGCAGUCACCUGGAAAAUUCAGUCAUUCAUUAUAAUUCUGUUUUGAAAAAUUUAUUUAUUAAACCUUUUUUUAUAAUUCCAUUAUAAUUCGGAAUGAGUAUAUAUAGCCUUAAAGGCUUAAAUGUGCGUUUCUGCCGGCAGGCCUACAUAUUGGCACAUGUCCGGGCAGGAGUUGUUCCGAUGCCGGGCCGCACCAAAUUGAGGUUAAGUUUAUGUGAGUGCAGUGAUCAGCAGCUAAAUAGUAGUCGAGGAUAUGCAAUAAACAACACAGGCGCAACAAUUGAUGAACUAAAUAGACUAAAACCAUAUCUUCUUGCAGCCAUAACGCCGUUACGCAGUAGUCACAACAACUUAUAUCAAAUGACGGGCGGCUCUAAAUGUGGUGUGAAAAAUGCUGAAUUACUACAAGCAAAAGACUGCAAUAUAAGUAAAAGAAAAAAUGUAACUUCUGAUAAGAAGCCAUGUGACGGUGAAGGAGCAGGUGGUUCAGGUAGUAAAAAGGGUGCGCCAAGUGGCGGUUCGAUUAUGGGAGAUGAUGAGGCAACCAGAAAAACUAGAAUGCUACUAGCUUUAUUGGCGGCGCUAGGUCUAGGUGGUUUGCUUUUAUGGUUAUUAACAAGGCGAAAACAGAAGGUCGCCGAUAGCACAGAAUGCGGUAAACCUGCAGCGAUUUCAUCCACAGUGCCAGCGACCUCUGCUGAAUUGCCAAAACACGUACCAUAUUUGCUGAUCGGAGGUGGUACGGCAGGUUUCUCAGCGUUCCGUGCCAUCAAAUCAAAUGAUCCGCGUGCGAAGGUGCUUAUGAUAACAAACGAAUCGCGAAAACCUUACAUGCGUCCGCCACUUUCUAAAGAACUUUGGUAUUCAGCGGAGAAGGGUGAAGUUACAAAAGACUAUCGUUUCAAACAAUGGACCGGCGCUGAAAGAAGUUUAUUCUUUGAGCCCGAGGAGUUCUUUGUAGACCCUACGAAACUAAUGGAAACUGUAAAUGGUGGAAUUGCCGUUGCACAAGGGUUCACCGUGAAAAAGAUUGAUGCAGCCAAACAUAUCGUAACUUUAGCUGAUGGUUAUGAAAUUACUUAUGACGAAUGUUUGAUAGCGACAGGUUGUGCGCCGAAAAGUCUCGAUGUUUUUGCACAAGCAACUCCGGGUGUUAAGGAGAAAGUUAUGGUGUAUCGCAGUCCGGAUGAUUUUGAACGUUUAAAACGUUAUGCCGAUGAAAAGAAAUCCAUUACAAUUGUGGGGAAUGGCUUUACUGGCAGCGAGUUGGCCUGCUCACUGGCAAACUAUGCCAAAGAUAAGAAAGUGAAAAUAUAUCAAAUAUUUCCAGAAUCUGGAAAUAUGUCAAAAGUGCUACCGACCUACUUAAGUAACUGGACUACUGCCAAAGUGGAAUCAAUGGGUGUGUGUGUCAUGCCGGAGACUUCUAUUAAAAAUGCGCAACGCGAUGAAGCAGCGCUCAAGCUGGUGCUCAAUAAUGGAAAGAGUCUUUUAACUGAUGUGGUUGUUGUGUGCGUUGGAUGUGAACCAAAUACAAGCAUAGCGUUAACCUCAGGUUUGGAGGUCGAUAAGAGUUUGGGCGGUUUUGUGGUUAAUGCCGAACUAGAAGCUAGACGAAAUUUGUUUGUGGCGGGGGAUGCAUCCUGCUUUUACGAUCCGUUGCUGGGCAGGCGACGUGUGGAGCACCACGAUCAUUCCGUGGUGUCUGGUAGAUUAGCGGGUGAAAAUAUGGUUGGCAAAAAGAAAGCCUAUAAUCAUCAAAGUAUGUUUUGGUCCGACUUGGGUCCAGAGGUCGGUUAUGAGGGUAUCGGCCUUGUUGAUGCUUCCUUACGCACAGUUGGUGUAUUCGCAUUGCCAACACCAAGUCCAGAACGACGUACCGAUAAUUUAAGCGAAACAGCUGUUAUGGAGGGUGGCGGCAGUGGCAGUACAGUAACUGUGAAUCCGGAAACACCGGACGUUAAGUGUGAUCCAAAAGAUGCUGACGAAUAUGGGCGUGGUGUUAUAUUCUAUAUGAAAGAUGAUAAAAUAGUCGGCAUUCUGUUGUGGAAUCUAUUUAACCGUAUUGGUUUGGCGCGAACAAUUAUAAAUCAAAAUAAGAAAUAUGACGAUUUAAAUGAAGUGGCGAAACUUUUCGAAAUUCACGCGUAGUUCCGCGCAAUGCAUUAAACAAAUUCGGUAAUGUUUAAUAAUAAUUUGGUUAGGUAAAAAUGUUUGUUACCGUUAGUUAAUUACAAGUGUAAAUUUGCAAUGUACAAUUUGAAAAAAAAACCGAAACAAAAACAUCAACUAUCUUUAAAAAUAUGCAUUUCGAUUCAAAUCAAUACACACACAUAAAAGCAAAAACCACCAAAAAUUAAAAGUGUAUUGCUUUGUAAUUUAAGGACUUCGUAGCUGCCAGCAGCAUGGGUCGUCAAGCCGGAAAAGCAUUUUUAGAAAAUUGUUUGGAAUGCUAAAUAUGUACGCAAAUGGUGCACUACUUGCCUAGCAUUUAAGCUUUAUCACAAGAAAACGAAAGCAAAUGAUGGUAUUCGUACACUGCUUUUAUUAUAAGAAAUCCUAAUUGAAACCAAAACAAAAAAAAAACAAAUACUUAAAAAAUAUACUUAUUUUUUAUUUGCACAGUAUGGCAAAGUGCACCCUUAAUUUUAUGCCUUUGGCAAAGCUGAAGUGUUUCUGAAAAUGACGAGGAAGUAUAAAUAUUAAAAUAAAAUAGAACUGUUGAAAAUAAA